CACACAAGGUACAGUGCAGUACGCUCGUACUUCCUCUUUUAAUCUCUUCCCUAUCAACAGGCCUGCUGAUUUCAUUUAAGCCAAGUAACCUGUUCCCCGUCUCCGUCCCACACACACGACUCAAGAAGUUUCCAGCAUCACAGUGAUAUGCCACAGAUAUAUAUGUGCUGAGGGUGGAUCUGGCACUCGCCUCUGACAAUGCACCUCCCCACCGCAACGCACACCUUCACUAUUCCGUCCCUCCAUGAUGGACUCAGGCUCGACUGCCGGAUCUACCAUCCACAAGGACAGUUGAAUCCCAGCAGUCCGUCAUGUCAGCGGAUACGAGGUGCGAUCGUUGCACAUCCGUACGCCCCUCUCGGAGGAUGCUACGACGAUCCGGUCGUGGCUUUUGUUGCAGGGGAGCUUCUCCGAGCUGGGUUCGUGGUGGGCACCUUCAACUUCCGUGGCGCCGGUGGCUCUGAAGGGCGGACAAGCUGGACCGGCAGGCCUGAACUGGCCGAUUACGCUUCUUUCUACGAAUUCAUGCUGCUCUAUCUACAUCGCUUGAGAGACACAUGCUCUACUUCAUCGCAGAAUGGCGGAAAUAAGCUUGAAGCGGUGCAGCUCGUAUUAGGCGGCUACUCAUAUGGGUCAAUGAUUGCAUCGUCUCUGCCGCACCUAGAUCUGAUUGCGGAUGUUGUCAGGCAAAGUAACCAUGGUACUCCCAUGCAUGAGAUCUACCAAAUCGCUCGAGAUCUUGUUUACUGUUCAGAGGAAGACAAGGACAUUCUCGAACAACAGAAAUACACGCCUCAGGAGAUGAAAAAAGCCGCGGGCACCAUUGAGAGAACAAGGGUCGCCUAUUUACUUAUCUCACCCAUCUUGCCCCCAAUUAACCGGUUUCUGACAUUAUUUGCCAAGCUGUCGCUUGACAUCGGACCGUUUGAGUCGUCUCAGAGGCAGUCGAUUCCUUGUCCGCAGCCAGCAGACCAGGUGUGCGCGCAUGAAACACUUGCUCUCUAUGGAAACCAGGAUACGUUCACAUCCGCACAUAAGUUGCAGACUUGGUCAAAAGAGCUCAGCCAGAAUCCGUCGAGUAAGUUCCAGUCGGUUGAGAUCGAUGGAGCAGGGCAUUUUUGGAUUGAGGAUGGUGUCCGAUCUCAGGCCAGAGACGCUAUCAGGAACUGGCUAUGUCGAAUUCGUUAAUACCCGCGCCGUGGUCAGUAGGUAAUGUGGAUUACAUCACGAGAGCGAAUGAGUCUAGAUUAUCU